AUGCAGCAGAGGGUGUGGCUAAUACAAAUCCCCACGCUUCCUGAUCUUGUCCCUGCGUUAGAGGUUUCGAUGAUGGCGUUGGCUCUCGCCAAGCUAGGCGAAGUCUAUCGUGACGAAGGCCUUACUCACGAGAGCCUAAAUCUUUACCGUGAGGCUUUGCACCAAGUCCAACUAGCACUAUGGGAUCCCGGCCUAAUGCUCCAUGACCAGACUCUCGCUGCCUGUGUGGCGUUGGGCAUUCACACUCUUGGCUGCCAAAAGCUGAUUCAACUCCGUGGCGUUGAGGCACAUAUGGAUGGGCUGGGGCAUUCGAUCUUCGUACAUUUUCGAGUCCAAGGCAUUCUUUACUCGCUAGAUCUAUGCCAGCCUUCUUUCCUGGGAGAGCCGUUGUGGAAAGAGGUACCCUGGCAAAGAAGGCCGAAAACACCCUAUGAUCAGAUUUACGACUUUCUCACCUGUGCACCCGAGCUCCUCAGACAAGGCGAAAUGCUCGAGCAUAUGGAUCCUAAAAACAAAUUACAGCUCGCCACGGACAUAAUUUGGAAGUGCCGGAAGUUGGACGCUGAACUACAGUCAGUUUACGACUGCAUGGAGAAGAACCAUGACGGACCAUUAUAUUGGCCGGAACUAGCGAGAGAUGAAAGUCUCGACCCCAGGCCGAAGAAUGGACUACUUUUUCCGGUGGCUUUCCAUUUUCCCAAUCUCUCCAUCGCCAACACUGUCGUCAUUUAUUGGGGGGUACAAGCUAUACUGUGGCAAGGAUUGUGGCAACUGUACGGCGUAGUGGCUGAAUCGCAGGUGAAAUUUGUGGGCGCCAGGGACUUCGCUCAAGGGGAUGUGGUGGAUGACAGCAUGCCCUUGACGAACACCAUCAGCAACGUUUUCCACUUACCACCAUUGGAACAUCGAGCGGACUUCGCGACACCGUGUCGUAAUAUACUUCAGUCCGUGGAAUACGCACUGCAAGGCGAUAUGUUCGAUCAAGGGCCGAAGUGUGUCGCAGCUCCGUUGAGGAUGGCGAUAGAAACGCUAUUGCCUUACCCUAAAUACAGGCGGGAGGUUGCUUGGGCAGAGAGGGCUCUGGAGAAAGUGCAGGAGCGAUCUCUCCGUUUGCUCAUUUACUAUACCCCUAGUAGACAGACACGAGAUAUCCAAGAAAAUUAG